UUGGGCAGACAAGAGAGUCUGCACAUUCUUAGUCUGGGAGAAGUAGGGGGAGAAGUUCCCAUGAAGCAAAGCCCGUCCUGACUGUUAUAUUUCUCAGGAUACCUGAGCCUCGUCUUGUCUCCAGGAUGGUGUGUGUCUUGCUCUUCAAGGGCAUCUGGACAGAAGUUCUGGCUGUGACCCUGCUGGUGCUGAAUCCCCAGGUGGCUGCAGGCAGAAACACCCCAAAACACUUCACAAAACAGUCAAAGUGCGAGUGUUACUUUGUGAAUGGGAUGGAGCAUGUGCAGUAUGUGGAGAGACACAUGUACAACCAGAAGGAAUAUGUGCACUUUGACAGCAAUGUGGGGAAGUAUGCUGCAGUGAUGGAGCUGGGCCGACCAGAGGCUGAAUACUGGAACAACCAUAAGGAGAUUCUAGAUGACUUACGGGCCCGGGUGGACACUUUGUGCAGACAUAACUACCAGGUUAUUGAGCCUUUCUUGUUGCCCAGGAGUGUUGAGCCUGAAGUGAUUGUGUAUCCAUCAAAGAUAGCUCCCUUGGGACACCACAACCUGCUUGUCUGCUCUGUUAGCGGUUUCUAUCCUGGGGACAUCGAGGUCCGGUGGUUCCUGAAUGGGCAGGAAGAGAUGACUGGGGUGGUGUCCACAGGCUUAAUCAGCAAUGGGGACUGGACCUAUCAGUUACAGGUGAUACUGGAAAUGAUCCCUAAGAGUGGAGAUGUCUACACCUGCCAAGUGGAGCACUCCAGCCUUCAGAGACCCAUCAUCUUGGACUGGAAAGCCCAGUCUGAAUCUGCCCAGAGAAACAUGCUGAGUGGAGUUGGGGGCAUCAUUCUGGGUUUGAUCUUCUUUGGAGUUGGUCUCAUUGUCCACAAGAGAAGUUGGAAAGGAAAUCGGAUUCACAACCAUCAGGGCUCCUGAGCUGAUCCCUGAAAAUGUGUCCCUUGGAGUUGUUGCCUUCCCUGUCAGCCUCCCUCUCACAUUUGAAAACUCCUUAUUUGUUUGUAGAUCUCCAGGAGGUUCCCUGGAAUAGCUUCUUGCCUGUAUCGGUAUUUGGACUCUUUUGCCUUUCCCCAAUGACCCCUCCAUCCACUUUUCCGAUUUUUUUUUUCAUUUUUGUCCCACAAGCCUUCAUCCCAAUAAUUAGAAGGCUGAGAAUUGACUGGUGCUUAUUUACAUGGAGACAAAGUGGGGAAGAGAAGGAGGAAACUUUUAACACUUGGGAUGUGGAGAAUCUGUCAAAAUGUGAAAUGUCUCCAGAGAUCAAGAUUACCACCCAUCCUUAUCAUAUCAUCCUAUGUGCCUUUUGUUCAUUUUUUUGACAUUACAUGAAUACCAAUAGCCCUACCAGGCAUCUGCUCAGAAAUCCUUAGCUUUCCCUGUAUGCUUGGUCCACCUCAUUCUGAUCAUACACCUCUCUGAUUACUUUUCUUCUAUCACUUCUGUUCAGUUCUUUGAUGAUCUGCUGCAGCCUCUGAUUGCCUAUCAUGUCCCUCUCCAUUGUAAAUUUUUUUUUUUUUUUUUUUUGCUGAGGCAAUUGGGAUUAAGUGAAGUCACUUAGCAUCACACAUCCAGGAAGUAUUAAAUGUAGAAGGUCAGAUUUGAACUCAGGUGCUCCUGACUUCAGGACUGGUGCUCUAUCCACUAUACCAACUAUCUGUCCCUCCAUUGUACUUUUAAAAAAUUAAAGUUUUAGUAAUACCUUUUGUGUUUAUGUUAUUUUCAUCACUUAAUAUAUACCCUAUUUCCACUGGCCUUCUCUCAUAAAAAUUUUACUCAAGAGUUACAAAAUAAUCAUGACUUUAAUCACAUAUAUCCAACAGUAUAUUCAAUAAUACAUACCAAUAGUGUCUCCACUUCUUCCAUGAAAUUUUUACUUUCUUUUCUCUGUGGCCAAGCUUGGCCACAUAUUUAUAAUUAUGUAUAAUUACAUAAUCUUUAGCAUCAUUCCACCCAAGCCUUCAUUUUGCAGUUUGGAGUGUGUUUCUUUCCUGGUUCUGUUUACAAUUCUGUAUCAGUUCAUGUAAGUCUUUCCAUAUUUCUCUGAAUUUCUUAUUUUUGUUUUUUCUUUGCUGCAACAUAAUUACAUUUUGCUUAAGCCCUUUCUCACUAGCUGGACACUCACAUACUACUUUUUUUGCUGUCACAAUGUGUUUUUAAUUAAUAUUUUGAUAUGUAUGCAUAUCUGAGAUUUCCCCCAUCUUUGACAUCCCUGACAUAUGUGUUAAGCAGUGAGAUCUCAAGAUCAAAGGGUAUGUAGAUAUUGACACUUUUGAGCCUAAUUCUAAAUGAUUUUUCAUAAUUGUACCAGUUCACAGCUCCACAAAUAGAGUAUCAGUCUUCUUGUCUUUGUUUAGUCCUUUCCACAUAAACCAUUUUGAUGUGUUCCCAUCUUGGGAGGGUUGCUGGGAAAGAGGUGAAAUCUCAGUGUUGUUUAAUUUCAAUUUCUCUUGGUUAAUGAUUUGGAACAAACCUGAAAACUAUUCAUUUCCAUUUACCAUGUUACCUACUGUGAAAGGCUCUUAGCCUUGGAAUUUGUGUUCAUUCCCUACAUGUCUUGGAAAACAGACUUUUCCCCAUCAAAAAUUAUUCUUGUUGUUGACCUUGUCAUAUAAAGGCUUUUCAAUUUUGGGCAAAUUUGUUUUUUCCUCUAUGUCUUACAUUAUUAAGAAUUGUUAAGUGACAGUAACUGAGCAUUAUCCAAGAUACCUAUGUAUUAGUAUUAUAUAGAGCAAAUAGAAAAUAAUUAAUUUUUUAAAAAAUUACCAUACCAUUUGCCCAUUAUGCUUAACAGUCAAUGCUGUCUAACUGAGUGAUUUUUGUCGCCAGUUCAUUUCCAUGCAAUGAUUAGGGCUGCCAAGAACUUAUCUUUUCCUAAUUACACUCCUGAGAUGCCAUUCUUGACUAGCAGCAGAAGCGUCAGGAUGGGUGGACAUAGGCAUGCUGAGCCUCCUCUACUCUGCAUCUAACUCAUGCUCUUCUUUCUCUUUGGAGAGUAUAGAAGCUUGUCAGUGUCAGAGCAGUAAGUGGGAGCUGGAGGGAUGUGAGGAGAGUGGCAGUUUCCUAAAAGGCUAGUGUGGGAUGAAGAACCCAAAAUUGCUCAGCUACUUUUCCUUUUUGAACAGAAACGAUGUAAUCUCUGAACAAUGUUUUAGCUUUCAGCUUCUCAUAGACUCUAAUUCAUUAGAAUAUUUACCUUAUCUCUAUUAAGGAACAUGUAGAAGGAUGCAGACAUUUAUUUUUAUUUCUAAAAUCUAGGCUGCCAAACUUCUUUGUUUGGGCUGGUUAAUCUUAUCUAUGAAAUCAUCAAUUUUGUAAGCAAAGAUUUUAGGAUUUUGGGAAUAUGAGGUAACAUAAGAGAAAGCAAUAAAUCACACUAGGAAGUGAAGAACUAAAUGAUUGUUGGGAGCAGAUGAAUCCCAAGAGAAUUCCCUUUAAUUUCUAUGUAACUUGUCCAUUUCUUAGGAAUUUACUUUGAGUUUUCCAUUCAAGAUUUCCAAGGUAAAUUCAAACUUGUACACACAAGAGUUUCCUAAGUGGAAACCCCAGUAUUUGAAAACUUAUUGCCUGUUCCCUUGUGUUUCACUGAAUUUGCCAUGAGAGAAAUAUCUCUUCUUGGAGAUUAUGUGUAGAUUAGUACUGCUGAAAUAAAUCUAUCACAAUAUAGAAACAACAGAAAUUUAAAACAACUUUUAUUAUGUUUAAGAAUAGGUUCAUGUUUAAAACAAACAAACAACCCUGAAAAAAGACUAUAUUUAACAUAUCUUUAUAAAUACUUCAACAAUGAUACUGUAUGAGGAUAUAUUCUGAUGGAAGUGGAUUUCUUUGACAAAGAGA